CUGACGCUUCCUUCGAGGUGUCUUAACCAAUCGGAAUAACGUACGAAAUUUACGCAAAGGGAUAUUACUGACGUGUCCCCAAAAGCCCACCACUUUCCACAAUUCAUGAUCAUCCUCGAAACCAGAAUUAAAUCAGACGCACGACGUGACGAAGUACCACUUGAUAAGAGUUAACGAAAUUGUUUGUUUGUUAUAUCAUCAUCAGUGAAGUAAAAUCAUGGCUGUAGGAAUCACUAGUUUCGUCAAUUCCUUCACGAACAGGCUGGAAGCACCUCUCCGACAGCACCUCAAGAAUGUCUACGGAUGUUUGGCACUGUCAUCUUUGACAGCAGGGGCUGGUGCAUAUGUUCACCUGUUCACGAAUCUCCUGGAGGCCAGUCUCCUGAGCACUCUUGGUGCCCUGGGCCUCCUGAUCGCCCUCGGGGUCACCCCCGAUAAUGGAAAAAAUCAGAAACUCCGUCUUGGGUAUCUCCUGGGGUUCGCUUUUCUCUCCGGUCUUGGACUGGGACCUCUCCUGGAAAUUGUCAUCAGUAUUGACCCGAGCAUCAUUGUCACUGCACUCGUAGGAUCAACGGUAGUCUUCGUCUCCUUCAGCCUUUCAUCGCUGUACGCACCUCGAGGCCAGUGGUUGUACCUGGGUGGUACUCUCAUCAGCUUAUCGAAUAUCGCCAUCCUCCUGCUGCUUUCCAACAUCUUCUUGCGUUCAGUCUUCGUCUACCAAGCACAGCUCUACCUGGGACUCAUCCUGAUGUGUGGCUUCAUCAUCUUCGAUACACAGCUGAUUGUCGAGAAAUUCCACAUGGGUAGCAAGGACUUCAUCGGCCACUCGCUGGAAUUGUUCAUUGACCUCUUCAGGGUAUUCCGUUAUUUGGUCGAAAUUCUCUCCAUCAAGGAGCAGCAGAAUCGCAAACGUAAGCAAUAAUUCAGCGCGAUAAAAGCGAGAGGUGUCACCGACAUUCGAGUAAAUCCAUUAUAGAGGUCUUCAUCCUUUCUAUUAUAUAUAUAUCUACUUUAAUUCAUAUUUAAAAUAAACAAAUAAAAACCAAGAGGAACCUAGAUUUACUACGAUAAACAAACUUGUUUCUACUUAGUUAAUGAGUGACUAUUGGAUAUGUUUUCGAUAAAUAUUCGUGAGAUAGUGAGAGAGAUUGUCGAGUACUAUUCUCCUUAUUUUGUAAAGAUAAAAAACCAUAAAUUAUUUCGCGUCAAUUGUUCCGUUUCUUCUCUUUGAAUUUACACAUGCUGUAAUAAUUAAAUGAUCAGGUUUAUUAUAAUACAAUAUUUUUCAACUUA